AUGAGUGUGAUAACACUGCAAUUACAAAGUGCUAAUAAUCUUAGGAAUUGCAAGGCCCUGAUUAGCCUAUGCUCUGGAUUCGCUAAACGUCAGUUAGUUACUUCGACAGCUCCUCCCAGCCAUGCUAGUGUAACACCAUUGGAACAGUAUAACAGAUUAGUCAAUUUAAAAAAGUUGAGAAACGAUCCUUAUCAGCAAGGUAUAAUCAAGUCGUUGGGGUCACUGUACGACGCACUGGUUGGAUAUCAACCUCCCGCAAUCAAAACUCCGAAUGCAGUAGAUCAAGUAGGUUGGAGGGCUUCCUUUCUAGGCAAUCUGAUGAAGUUUAAGUCCAAGGCAGAUGAUUUCAGUGGUAUACCCAAAGGAAUUUACCUUUAUGGCGACGUUGGUUGUGGUAAGACCAUGCUGAUGGAUUUAUUUUAUUCAACCGUGCCAGCUAGUUUAUCAAAGAAGAGGAUACACUUUCAUCAAUUUAUGCAGUACGUUCAUCGGAGGUCCCAUGAAAUUAUUAAAGAACAAAAUCUGGAUGCUCUUGGUGCUGCCAAGGGUAAGGAUAUCGAUCCGAUCCCAUUUCUAGCUGCAGAGAUCGCUAGUAGCGCUCGACUGCUUUGCUUCGAUGAAUUUCAAGUGACUGAUGUUGCCGAUGCUAUGUUAUUGAGGCGAUUGCUGACAAGCUUGUUAUCAAAGGAAUACGGCGUGGUUUUGUUUGCUACUUCUAAUAGACACCCCGAUGAGCUUUACGUGAACGGUGUUCAAAGAGAAUCUUUUAUUCCUUGUAUCGAACUGAUCAAAAAGAGAACAGAAGUUAUUUUCCUAGACUCACCAACAGACUAUCGUAAGAUUCCUAGACCCUCGCUUUCCGUCUAUUACUAUCCUGAGAAGGGACAGAAAUACAAUUCUCCAAAAUGCCAAGCGGAGCGAGAAAGUCAUAUAAACCAGUGGUAUAAUUAUUUUGCCCAAAAGGAGAACACCUCCUCCACCGAGCACGAAGUUCUUUAUGAUUUUACGUUAACUACAUGGGGCCGUAAAUUUAGAGUUCCUAAAUGCACACCUGCAUGUGUAGCACAAUUCACCUUUAGGGAGCUGUGUGAACAACCAUUAGCUGCUGGUGACUACCUGUCGUUGGCUAGCAACUUCAAGGCCUUUAUUGUCACUGAUAUCCCAUAUCUGACUGUCUAUGUUAGAGAUGAGGUGAGAAGAUUCAUUACGUUCCUGGACGCUGUCUAUGAUAGUGGUGGUAAACUGGCAACAACUGGCGCUGCAGAUUUCACCUCUUUAUUCGUUGAGCCUGAAGAUAUUCUGAACAGUUUCGAACUCAAAGCGGAUAUUAAAGAUGACUCCGCUAGUGAACAGGACACUGAAGAUGAUGCUUUAGUUAAGAAGCAUGGGUUCUCCAAAGAAAUUGCCAAAAAGUCUCAAAUGUUUGCAUUGGACGAGGAAAGAUUUGCGUUUGCAAGAGCAUUGAGCAGACUGCAUCAGAUGAGUUCAGCAGACUGGAUUGAGCGCUAA